GAGCACAAUAACUAUCAAAUCAAGAAAAAAGAAGUAUCAAGUAAUAUGCUAAAUAAAACUGUUCAUUUUUUUAAAUAUUCCUUGAUGAGGAAUUCUCCUUUAAUGGGUAUCAAGAAUCGCAGUUAUGCUUUAACUGGUAAUAGUAAAAUAUCUUCAGAUUCCGAACUAGAUUUGAUGAGAAGCCGUCUUAUAUAUCAAUCUAGAAAAAGGGGAAUAUUAGAAAAUUGUAUAAUCUUUACUACAUUUGCAGACAAAUAUUUAAAAACAUUCAAUUGUGAACAGUUACAAAAGUAUGAUGCAUUGAUUAACAGUAAAUUUGACGAAUGGGAUUUAUAUGCUUGGUCUAUUGGAUCUAAACCGGCCCCACAAGAAUUUAACAAUGAUGUAUUAGAGCUUCUGAAAAAUCACGUACAAAAAAAAUCAUAAUGUAAAAUAGUAUAAGUAUUAUGUUAUUCUGCUUACAUUAAAGUAUUUAUAUUUUGAUAGAAUAUUUUGUUACAUUAGAAACAAGUGUAUAAUAAGUUAUGCUUUUUGACUAAUACUUUAUUAUUAAAUUAUAAAUUAACUUGUUUUUAUCUUUGAACAAAUACCACACAAAAUAUAUCAAAAACAGUACCUAUUUAAUGAAAUAUUGUAAUAACUUA